GUCACAAUGCCGGAUCCACUUCCUUUGGAUACGGGACCAUCUAUUGAGUCAAAUUCAAAAUCUUCGGAGCAGCGACUACUUGGAGUAAUUAAUCUAUCAGAACCGUCCGCUUUGAGCUAUCAAGAACUUAGGUCUAUACACAGUCCGAAAGGGCGAGUUGUAAGCAAUGUUAAAGCGUUAUCUAAAGAAGAAAUUCUGGAAUCAUAUCUCGAAAGUGAAUUCUACGCAGCUUCUUCCAAAAAAAUCACUCUUGAUUUUGUAAGCACACCUAGAAGAGAAUAUUGUACAAUUCAUUUGCAAUUUAUAAAAAACUAUUUACUAAAUUGUUCACUUUUCGUUUUAUCAUCAAAUACAACUAGACUCGAGGUAGCAUUUUAUUAUCAUUUUUUUUAUAAACUGUGAAGAUUUGGAGAGUUGAAAGAAAUAGAAGAUGAAGAAAGAAGCAAAAGAACAACAAGAAAAAUGAAGAUCAGAAGAAAGAAACAUUGAAGAUGCCUGAAAUAUUAAUUUGGAGCUUUUCGAUAUAAUCAUUAAUUUAAUUAAAGUUUUUAUUUAAAUUAUUAAUUUAAAUCAGUUUAAAUUCAAUAUUUAUCAAAUAUCAUGAAGAAAAUGUAAUUUUUGUUAUGAAAAAUAUCAGUUUCACUUCAUUAAUCGUUAUCAGUUAAUUUUAAAUAAUUUCCAUCGACCAAAUUUGAAAAACUUCCAAGAUCAGAAGAAGUUUCUAUGGCAGGAGGAGUAUUGUUUUUUUCCAAAGUAAAAUGAGUAUGCUAACAGUUCGAUUGUUUAUAGGAAAAUCAAGUCAAGACGAAAAGUCCUUAAAGAGACCAAGGAAUACCUUCAUCUUGUGAGGAGUUAUAUUUCCUAUGUGCACAAAUACAAUUUAAAACUAUUUUGGUCCACACAGACGUACCCUUUUUGUGAAGAAUUUACGCAACUAUUGGUGCAAUAUGUGCUUCUGGAAUGUAAAGUACUGUACAAGAGGGAAAACUAUUCAAAGACCACGGAAAAUUUGACGGCCCUCAGAAUAAUAAGACUGCUGCUCAACCUCUACGAUGAAUAUUUUACAACUAAACAGUUUCCAAAAAGCAAAGUUUUAGGACAUUCGGUCGAAGCCAUCAUCAGGAUCUUCGUGACGAUCAAGUGUCAAUAUAGCGCAAAUUAUCCAAUUUUAGAAACUAUGACAGUGAACCUUUUGAAAAAGAGUGGCCGCUAUGAAACAGUCACUAAACUUCAAGAACAAUACGCCUCAAGUUACGUACAUACAUAUUCAGACAUAGAUCCCUCACUACGAGGUUUAUGUAGGAAUGCAAGUAGUGACUAUGGAACCGAUGACGGAAACUCCAAUGAACCUGUUGUUAUUGAUGAUAGUGACGAAGAAUUACAAACAAUAGACGAAGAAGCUCCAGAGGAAGACGAUCUAGAAAUCAAAGUAGAAGCAGUCGCCCAGUCGGAAUAUGAAGUUAACAAUUCAAAAAGUAAAAAUCUGGUUUAUACAAUUUGCUUAGACGAGAGUGGAUUAGAAAGCGAUGAAGAACUUGUAUAUUUAAGCAAAGAGUCAGAAACGAGAAGAAAAAGGCCUAAAAGAAGACCUAAAAACGGAAGAAUUAAUAAUAUACGUUCAGAACCCAGAAUUGUCGAUAACGAUGAAUUAAUAAGGGAACUGGAUGCUGUAAUAACGCGAAAUAGUAAUGUGAAUAUUAUAGAACUGAGUGAUGGGGACUCACUGGAUUGUUUCACUGCGACUAAUGAUCAACAUGCUUCGUGUACGGAGGUGAAAAGCGAAGAAGAAGAUUCAGGCGACGACAUAAUUUGUGUUGAAGAUAAAACUAAAACUGACUCGGUAUCCCGAGAAACAUCUCAAACAUUGGUGCAUAAUAAAUCAGACCCUGCAAAAGAUUCUGAAGUAUCAAGCAAUGCAGAUUCGACAAAUCAAGUAGAUACAAAUGAGUGCAAAGUAAGUCGCACGAAUGGUGAUGAAUAUCUAGUAAUUGAACCAAAAACAACAGAGUCAAAAUGUAUUGAAUUAGAUUCAGGUAUAAGUGUGCCUGAUUCUGAAGCCACUACUGAUGGAAACCACUCCACAAAAUCAGACAAACCAGAGUCAACGUCUAGUAAAAUAUUUUCAAUUAAAAGUAUAUGUGACUCGGAAGCCGUUAGUGAUAAAAGUCACUCCAAAAUACCGGUCACAACUGAGUCAACGUUUAGUGAAAUAUCUUCAACUAAAAGUGUAUGUGACUCUAAAGUCACUAGUGAUAAACAUCGCCCCAGAAAAUCUGACGCGACAGAGUCGCCAUGUAGUGAAUUAUCUUCAAUUAAGAGUAUAUGUGACUCAGAAGCCAUUAGUGACAAAAGUCACUCCAAAAUACCGGACGCAACUGAGUCAACGUUUAGUGAAAUAUCUUCAAUCAAAAGUAUAUGUGACUCUAAAGCCACUAGUGAUAAAGAUCACUCCAAAAGAUCGAAUAUGACUGAGUCAACAUGUAGUGAAAUGUCUUCAAUUCAAAGUAUAUGUGACUCUGAACCCAUUAGAGAUAAAAGUCACUCCAAAAAAUCUGAGACGACAGAGUCAACAUGUACUGAAAUAGAUUCACUUAAAAGUAUAUGUGACUCUGAAGCCACUAGUGAUAAAAAUCACUCCAGAAAAUCUGAUACGACUGAGUCAACCUGUAGUGAAAUAUCUUCAAUGAAAAGUAGAUGUGACGCUAAAGCCACAAGUGAUGAAAGUAAUGUACAAAAAUGUGAUGAAAUAUCUGACCGGAAUACUCCAGAAGGUUCAAUAUUUCAUGAAAAUAGUAAAACUGUAGACGUGCUAGUUUCUGCUGAGUCCCAUUGUGAUAAUUUAAUACCUCAGCUUCAAAGUAGUGCUGAUAAAACAAUUAGAAAAAAAGUAGGUAAACAAUUAAUGGUACGACUAGAAAAAAUUAAACGUUUAGAAACGACUACAUCCAAAAUAUCUGAUAUUAAAACUAAACCAAUUAAAUCGUCUGUUGAGUCUGAGUGCGACAGUGACAAACAACUGAAGAAAAAUACUGAGACUUCUACUACAUCUAAAAAAGAAUAUUCUUUGAGUUCAUAUUCCGAUUUUGAGAAAAAAUACUUAACCAAUCUAAUGCUAUCUUCAGAUUGGGAAGGAAAUACUGCAAGUUCUCCUGAAUCAUCUGCUGAAAAUGAAUUAGAUGCUCAGAAAAUUUGCGCUGCGGAGAAAAUAGAACCAUCUGAACAAAUCGAAAGUGGAUCUAAAGGUUCAGCAGCUGAUGUUCCACAGAUCUUAAAGGAUUACGAAACCGAUGUCAUCAAUGAGAAAGCUGAUGGUUCCAACACUGAUUUAAUACAAGGCAUGCAAAGAGUAGAAGGUGAGGAAUGGGGUAUUACACAUGCAGAAAUAACUCGAAUAACCCAAGAAAUGAUUGAUAUUGAAAUCGCUGGAUCAAGUGUUCAAGCUGUCCAGAGUCUGGUAGUUCCAGUGAAUUCAGAUUCAACUGAAACAUUUCAGAAUGUAGAAGUUGGCGAAGUGAGUCAUCUCAUUGACGAGGAUAAUGUUGAUUCUGGUACUAAUUUGACUAAAACUAGUCAGGAAGAAGUUGGUCUCAUUAAUGCUAAAAGUACUGAUUUUCAACCUGAUUCAGUACAAGCGAGUCAGGAAGAGCACGAUAUAGGUGUUGGUCAUAUUGAUCACGAAACCAAUAAUUUGAUUCAAACUACACAUCAAUUAGUUGAAGAUAAAGACAUUAUUAUCGAAGUUAUGACAAAAACUAAUAAUAUCCUAGAAGAAAAAGACAGUACCGUUAAUGAUGAUAAUAAUAGUGCAUCUUCAGAGACUGACACAGUUUGUUCAACGCAGGAAGACCAUGAGGACAAAUCUACCACCGUUAUUGACCAGAAAACUUCUAAGUUAGUAGAUGAUCUGAUUCAGGUUAAACAAAAAGGAAAAGAUGUUGAAGAAUCUAAGGUUACAGUUGAAAAUACGGAUCAUUCAAGUAGUGACGUGGUCUCUUCAGUUCAAAAACACGAAGAUAAAACGAUUAAUCUCAUUGAACAGGAAAGUUCUAAUACAGAUAGAGACAUGGUUCAGCUUAAACAAAAAGUUUAUGGUGAUGAGGAUAGCAAGGUUACCAAUGAAAAUAGUGAUGAUCAUUCAGAUAUUCACGUUUGUUCUACACAAGAACAUGAAGAUAAAAGUACCAAUCCCAUUAACCAAGAAAGUUAUACUUCAGAAACUGACUGGAUUGAGGUUAAACAAAAAGUUUGUGGUGAUGAAGAUACUAAAAUUAGUGAUGAAACUAGUGAACAUGAAGAUAAAAAUACCAAUAUCAUUGACCUAGAAAGUUAUAGCUCAGAAAACGACCGGAUUCAACAUGAACACAAUGUUUGUGGUGAUGAAAAUAGUCAGAUUAGCGAUCAAGAUAGUGAUCCAGUGAAUGAAAAUAAAGAUAGAAGUACAAAUCUCAGUAACCAGGAAGAUUUUAAUUCAGAAAGUGACCUGAUUCAUCUUAAAGAAAAAAUAGUUGAUGAUGAAGAUAAGAUUCGAGAUGAAAAUAGUGAUCAUUCUGAUAGUGACAUGAUUUGUUCAACACAAGAACAUGACAAUACCGAUCUCACGAAUCAGGAAGGGCCUAAUUCAGAAAAGGACCUAAUUCAGCCUGAACCUAAAAUUACUGACGAUGAGGAUACUAAGGUUGAAAAUAGUGAUCAUUUAGUUACUGAUUUGGUUUGUUCACAAGAACAAAAGGAGGACGUAAAUACCAACUUAAAUGACGAAAGCUGUUCUAAUGCAGAAAGUAACUUGAAUCAAAUUAAACAAAAAUUAGGCGAUGACGAAGAUAAUAAGGUUGGCAAUGAAAAUAGUGAUAAUUCCGGUACUGUCACAGUCUGUUCAACCCAGGACCAGCAUGAUGAAAAUACAAAGGUUACCAAUGAAAAUAGUGACAUGGAAUCUUUAAGACAAGCACAAACAGUAGGUGAUGUUGAAGAUACUAAGAAGAGCGAUGACAAUAGUGAUCACGUAGAUAGUGACAUGGUUUGUUCAACACAAUCGGAACAUGAGGAACUGAUUCAGUUGAAACAAAAAGUAGAUGAUGUUGAAGAUACUAAGGAUAGCGGUGAAAAUAGUGAUCACUUAGAUAGUGGCAUGGUUUGUCCAACGCAAGCACAACAUGAGGAAAGAAGUAACCUAAAUUCAGAAAGUGAACUGAUUCAGUCCAAACAAAGCCUAAGUGAUAUUAAAGAUACUAAGGAUAGCGAUGAAAAUAGUGAUCACAUAGAUAGUGACAUGGUUUGUUCAACACAAUCAGAACAUGAGGAGCUGAUUCAGUUGAAACAAAAAGUAGGUGAUGUUGAAGAUACUAAGGAUAGCGAUGAAAAUAGUGGUCACUUAGAUAGUGACAUGGUUUGUCCAACACAAGCACAACAUGAGGAAAGAAAUAAAGUAAAUUCAGAACGUAAACUGAUUCAGUCCAAACAAAGCCUAAGUAAUAUUGAAGAUGCUAAGGAUAGCGAUGAAAAUAGUGAUCACAUAGAUAGUGACAUGGUUUGUUCAACACAAUCAGAACAUGAGGAGCUGAUUCAGUUGAAACAAAAAGUAGGUGAUGUUGAAGAUACUAAGGAUAGCGAUGAAAAUAGUGAUCACAUAGAUAGUGACAUGGUUUGUUCAACACAAUCAGAACAUGAGGAGCUGAUUCAGUUGAAACAAAAAGUAGGUGAUGUUGAAGAUACUAAGGAUAGCGAUGAAAAUAGUGAUCACAUAGAUAGUGACAUGGUUUGUCCAACACAAGCACAACAUGAGGAAAGGAAUAAAAUAAAUUCAGAAAGUGAACCGAUUCAGUCCAAACAAAGCCUAAGUAAUAUUGAAGAUACUAAGGAUAGAGAUAAAAAUAGUGAUCACAUAGAUAGUGACAUGGUUUGUCCAACACAAUCAGAACAUGAGGAAAGAAAUAAAGUAAAUUCAGAAAGUGAACUGAUUCAGUCCAAACAAAGCCUAAGUAAUAUUGAAGAUACUAAGGAUAGCAAUGAAGAUAGUGAUCAUUUAGAUAGUGAAACGGUUUGUGCGUCGAUUGAACAGUACGAGGACAUAAAUACUAGCAUGAUUGACAAUCGCAUGUCUAGUUCUGAAACUGACCCAAUUCAACAACCAACAGUACACGAUGAUGCAGAUACUCAGAUUAGUGAUGCAAAUACUGACAUUAUUUGUGCAUCACCUGAACAAAUUGAGAACAUUAACACUAAAACAAUUGCCGAUGACCGUUUGAGUUCAGAGAGUGAUUCGAUUCAGCAACCAACUGUACAUGAUGAUGCAGAUACUCAGAUUAGUGAUGCAAAUACUGACAUUAUUUGUGCAUCACCUGAACAAAUUGAUGACAUUGACACUAAAACAAUUACCGAUGACCGUUGUAGUUCAGAGAGUGAUCCGAUUCAGCAACCAAUAGUACAUGAUGACGAAGAUACUAAGGUUAGCGAUGAAAAUAUUGAAAAUUCAGUUUUGUCAACUCAGAGAGAAAAUAAUUUUGACCUCACUAUUGACAUCGACAGUGAGCUUCUCCAAGUUACACAAAUGGAGGAUUACGAAAAAAACACUAACGUAGAGAAUAAUGAUUUCUUAGAUAGUGGUGGUUCUUCAAGACAAGAAGUAUUACAUGAUAAUACAUCUGUCAGCACGGUUGAUGAUCAAAAUGCUCUUCCAAGCACUAAUUCAGUUCAUCCCACACUAGAAGUAGUAGAUGAUGAAGGAGCUGAGCUCAUUGUAGAGGAAACUAUGGAAUUAGAAAGCGAUUUCAUAGAAGUAUCACAGGAAGAAGUUGCCACUGAUUGCUACUUAGAAGGUGCAAAUGAAUUUGUAGAUCCUGGAAGUGAUGAUAUUAAACAAAUUUCUGAAGACCUUCAAACGACCAGUGUUGAAAAACAGCUACAAGAAACUGAAAACUGCAAAGAUAAUGACUUAGCUACUUUUUCAUCUUUUACCGAAGAAGUUACUCAAGAAUUUAAGGAUGAACACUCUUCAGAGAUGUCUAAAACACAGUCACAAGUUGAAGAGUCAAAAAAAACAAUAUGUCUACAUGAAAAAGAAGUAUUAGUUGCUUCACAAAUGCACGAAACAACUGAAGAUGCAGUCGAAUAUAUACCGCACAUGAAAGAUAACAUUGAGAAGAGUACAGGAAUAGAAGAAAUAAAUGAAACAGUAGAACAAGCCGAUUUUAACGUAAUCACUGAAAAUGAUGAAAUUAUCUCUGAAGCUGAGUUGGAUAUUCAAACAGAUGUAGUUGUCGAAAUAUAUAAGCAAGAUCCUGAAGAUAACAUGAAUGCAGACGAACAAGAGGUGAAUCCAAGUAAAGACAGUGUAGCUACUAGUAAUUUGCAGCACAAUACCGAAUUCGGAUCUGAAGAACUAUUGAAUCAAGAUGAACAAGAAAAUGUGGUGGAAGAACCAAGUCCAGAGUAUGAAAGCAUUAUCUCACCGCAACAGGACUCGGAAAAAGAAGAUUCAGAUCUUCAGCAGGUUACUAAUGAUCUUCAAUGCAUUAACGAUAAUAUCAAUAAAAACACGCCAAAUACGACUGUAUUGGCAGAAAUCGAUAAUAACGAAGAAAAUCUCCCUGCGACUCUUGCUGACGCAGUUUUAAGUCAGAGUAACAACGGAAGUCAAGGAAUAGAAGUUGGUGAGAAGUCCAGCGAACAUAUAGAAGAUAGUUUUGUCAAUGAAGUUAUCGUUGGUACAAAUAUGGAGAAACAAGAUGACAUACCGUUGGAAAUUGAGAAUGCUUCAAACCAAAUUUACACCGAAGUGACAGCAAAAGAAAUCAUGCACCCUGAAGAUAAAGCAUCGAUUAUAUUCGAGACUCCUACCCCAGUGGUGGUCAAUGAAGAAGUUUUUCCAACUUCUGCAGAAGCUGAAGGUGAAUCAUCGAUACUAUUUGAGACCCCUCAUGAGGACCUUUUUCCAAGUUCUGUAGGAUCGCAAGUUCACACUGUGCAGUUGCUACAUGGCGCAGUCACUAGCGAUUGGUCGAAAAUUAACAGCCUAGAUAGAAGUUUUACUUUGGAGAAACAAAACUAUAACCUCAAUUGGGAUAUAUACAAAGAGGCGGUGGUGACACAAGAGGCAAGUGGCGGUUUGGAUCUACUAGCCCAAACGGCAGAAAGAAUACGAGAUCAAGAAACAGAGAUGUAUGUGCCAAGUACCAAGAAAGAUAAUAUGGCAGAAAGAAUACUAGAUAAAAAAACAGAGAUAUAUGUUCCAAGUACCAAGAAAGCUGAUUCGGCAGAAAAAAUACGUGAUCAAGUUGUUCCAAGUACGAAGAAACAACGAAAAAGUAUACCCCGGAAGUUGGAUUUGAAGGAGCUGGGAGAGAAAAAUGUAAAGGAGAGAAAAAUUGUAAGUCGUAAGCAGAAAAAAGAUGUCACAAAGGAAUCUGAAAAUGAAGAGAAACGUGUGACCAGGAGCGCCUAUAGAAGGCAUUUUAUCGAUGAUAUUCUGAAACCACAGGAAUUUAAGAACACUCCUCCGAUCAAUAAUGUUAAAAUUCACCAAUUACCCGAUAUCAUUACUACUAAAGACACUACUGAUACCGAUAGUAAUGAUAGUGAAUGUAAUAAAUUGUUUAUUGAUGACAAGAAAGACAAUGACAUUAGUGUCUAUGAACAAGACACAGAAGAAGAACAUCUCGAGUUUCGUAGUAAGGUUCCUCCUAAAACUACUACUACCGUUUCAAAGAAAACAAAAACAACCGUAAAAAUUAAGAAAGUAAUUAGAAAAGCUGACAAAAAGAAGAUUUCCCGCGCAGAUGAAAGUGGCACUAAGCUCAUGGUCAACAUACAGACAGAUCUCAUCUCUGAAGAGACCCGAGAUGGGUUUUUUGAAGAAAAUACCCCCUCUAACAAACUACAGACACACGUGGAGUUACAAACUGUUAAAACAACUGAAAGUUGUAAUAAAACAAAGAUAGAAACUCCACGUAUAACCGCUAUCAAAAGUGAAAGCUGUAAUAAAACCACCGAGACAAAUUUUAGAAGUGAUUAUCAACUUUUAGGAAACCAAUCAUUGCAUUAUUCAGUUUCUACUCCACCAAAAUUACGCUAUAAGUUGGCUUGCAAAAACAACGUCAAAUCAAUUGUUGAAAGUAUGGAACGAGUUAAAACUGAAGAACUACAUCACCAAGUGAGUUCGUCACGCGAAAAUAUCCGUGAGGUUCCUGUAGAUACACCUUUGAUUAAGAUAACACCAGGUGAAGAAAAGUAUCUACUGAGGGAUCUUUCCACUGUUUCAUCGGACCAUAAAAAAAGUAUUGCUGAUUCGAUGAAUUUAGUGGAAGCAUUUAUAGCGUCUGAAACUAAUAAAUCUAUUGAAUCAUAUAAUAAAGUUUUUAUUACCAAUGUUGACAUGGACCCUAUUGUUCCAGUAUCAAAUAUGGAUGCUGUAUCUGCUCAGAUACCUAAAACAGAAUUACGGAAACAAGAAUUGGUUAUAACACACAAGAAUGUUAAUAAUACUGUUCUUGAGAAGAUCACAGAUGAUAAAAAUGCUGAAGUUACUACUAAAAACUUGGAGAAACGAUGUAAAAGUCAAAUAUCGCAACAAGACUUGAUUAUGGUACCUCAACAAAUCGAUGAUAUUGAUAAGAUCGAAACUAAAAAACAGUCCCAUGAUCCAAACGUAAUUUUUCAAGAACCGCAUCUGGAAAUUCGUUGUAAAAAGCUGGAAAGACGGCGUGAAACUGAAGUACUGGAACCACAAUCAGUUGCUGUAACUGAUGCUAUCAAUGAUAGUGCUUCUCGUCAAGAGUUAGAUACAAAAACACAGUCAAACGUAACUUUUGAAAAACCGAAUUUGGAAAUUCAUUGUAAAAAGCUGGAAAGACGGCGUAAAACUGAAGUACUUGAACCACAAUCUAUUGCAGUACCUGACACUGUCAAUGAUAGUGCUUCUCGUGAAGAGUUAGAUGCAAAAACACAGUCAAACGAAACUUUUCAAAAACCGAAUCUGGAAAUUCGUUGUAAAAAGCUGGAAAGACGGCGUAAAACUGAAGUACUCGAACCACAAUCUGUUGCAGUACCUGAUACUGUCGAUGAGAGUGCUUCUCGUGAAAAAUUAGAUGCAAAAACUGAGUCAGACGCAAGUUUUCAAAAACCGAAUUUGGAAAUUCGUUGUAAAAAGCUGGAAAGACGGCGUAAAACUGAAGUAUUCGAACCACAACCUGUUGCAGUACCUGAUACUGUCAAUGAUAGUGCUUCUCGUGAAGAGUUAGAUGCAAAAACACAAUCAAACGAAACUUUUCAAAAACCGAAUCUGGAAAUUCGUUGUAAAAAGCUGGAAAGACGGCGUAAAACUGAAGUACUCGAACCACAAUCUGUUGCAGUACCUGAUACUGUCGAUGAGAGUGCUUCUCGUAAAAAAUUAGAUGCAAAAACUGAGUCAGACGCAAGUUUUCAAAAACCGAAUUUGGAAAUUCGUUGUAAAAAGCUGGAAAGACGGCGUAAAACUGAAGUACUUGAACCACAAUCUAUUGCAGUACCUGACACUGUCAAUGAUAGUGCUUCUCGUGAAGAGUUAGAUGCAAAAACACAGUCAAACGAAACUUUUCAAAAACCGAAUCUGGAAAUUCGUUGUAAAAAGCUGGAAAGACGGCGUAAAACUGAAGUACUCGAACCACAAUCUGUUGCAGUACCUGAUACUGUCGAUGAGAGUGCUUCUCGUGAAAAAUUAGAUGCAAAAACUGAGUCAGACGCAAGUUUUCAAAAACCGAAUUUGGAAAUUCGUUGUAAAAAGCUGGAAAGACGGCGUAAAACUGAAGUACUUGAACCACAAUCUAUUGCAGUACCUGACACUGUCAAUGAUAGUGCUUCUCGUGAAGAGUUAGAUGCAAAAACACAGUCAAACGAAACUUUUCAAAAACCGAAUCUGGAAAUUCGUUGUAAAAAGCUGGAAAGACGGCGUAAAACUGAAGUACUCGAACCACAAUCUGUUGCAGUACCUGAUACUGUCGAUGAGAGUGCUUCUCGUGAAAAAUUAGAUGCAAAAACUGAGCCAGGCGCAAGUUUUCAAAAACCGAAUUUGGAAAUUCGUUGUAAAAAGCUGGAAAGACGGCCUAAAACUGAAGUAUUCGAACCACAACCUGUUGCAGUACCUGAUACUGUCAAUGAUAGUGCUUCUCGUGAAGAGUUAGAUGCAAAAACACAAUCAAACGAAACUUUUCAAAAACCGAAUCUGGAAAUUGGUUGUAAAAAGCUGGAAAGACGGCGUAAAACUGAAGUACUCGAACCACAAUCUGUUGCAGUACCUGAUACUGUCGAUGAUAGUGCUUCUCGUGAAAAAUUAGAUGCAAAAACUGAGUCAGGCGCAAAUUUUCAAAAACCUAAUUUGGAAAUUCGUUGUAAAAAGCUGGAACGACGGCGUAAAACUGAAGUAUUUGAACCACAACCUGUUGCAGUACCUGAUACUGUCAAUGAUAGUGCUUCUCAUGAAGAGUUAGAUGCAAAAACACAGGAAAACAUAACUUUUCAAAAGCUGAAUCUGGAAAUUCGUUGUAAAAAGCUGGAAAGACGGCGUAAAACUGAAGUACUCGAACCACAAUCGGUUGCUGUGCCUGAUACUGUCAAUGAUAGUGCUUCUCGUGAAGAGCUAGAUGCAAAAACUGAGUCAGACGCAAGUUUUCAAAAACCGAAUUUGGAAAUUCGUUGUAAAAAGCUGGAAAGACGGCGUAAAACUGAAGUACUCGAACCACAACCUAUUGCAGUACGUGAUACUGUCAAUGAUAGUGCUUCUCGUGAAGAGCUAGAUGCAAAAACACAGUCUGGUAGCAAGGUUGAUUCAAAUAUUAAUAAUCAGAUAUCUAAUGCUGAUAUUGUUACUAAAAGAGUGGGAAAACGGCGCCUAACACAAGUAUGUGACGAUAUUGCUUCAAACAUCAAUCAGGUACCAAAUGUUGAAUUGACCGCUAAAAAGGUGGGAAAGCGACGCAAGACGACACACGAGUUUCAACUAACAUCUAAGAAUAUAGGUAUUUCUUCCCCUGUAGAAUUAGAAGCUAAAAAACAAUUUGAUAACAGUAUUGAUCCAAGUAUCAGUCAUGAGGUACCAAAUGUCGAAUUUACCCAUAAAAAAAUAGGAGCACGACGUAAAACAAUUGUAUUGGAACUAGAACCAAUUAAUGCACCUGAGAAUAUAGAUGAUGUUUCUUCUCGUGAAGAGUUAAAUACCGAAAAACAACCUGAUACCAACAUCGAUUCAAGUAUCAGUCAUCAGGUAUUAAAUGCAGAUGUUACCCCUAAAAAGGUAGGAAGACGACGUAAGACACAAGUGUUGCAAGUAGAUUCAAUUAUAGCACCUGAAGACAUAGAUGCUAUUCCUUCUCUUGAAGAGUUAAAUACCAAAAAACAGCCUGAUACCAACAUCGAUUCGACUAUCAGUCACCAGAUAUCAAAUGUAGAUGUUUCCUCUAAAACGGUGGAAACACGAAGCAAAACAAAAGGAUUACAACUAGAAUCAGUUACAAAACCUGAGAAUAUAGGUGCUAUUUCUUCUGUUGAAGAAUUAAAUACUGAAAUACAGCCUGAUAUCAACAGUGAUCCAAGUAUCAGUCAUCAGCUACCAAAUGUAGAAUUUACCCCUAAAAAGGUUGGAAAACGACGAAAAACUCGAGUAGAUUCAAUUAUAGUACCUGAGAACAUAGGUGCUAUUUCUUCUCUUGAAGAAUUAAAUGCUGAAAAACAACCUGCUAUCAAAAUUGAUCCGAGUAUCAGUCAUCAGGUACCAAAUGUAGAAGUUACCUCUAAAAAGGUGGGAAAAGGAUGUAAAACAAAAGUAUUGCAACUAGAACCAGUUACAAUACCUGUGAAUAUCGACAAUGUUUCUUCUCUUAAAGAAUUAAAUGCAGAAAAAGAACCUGAUAUCAACAUUGAUCCAAGUAUCAGUCAUCAGGUACCAAAUGUAGAAGUUACCUCUAAAAAGGUGGGAAAAGAACGUAAAACAAAAGUAUUGCAACUAGAACCAGUUACAACACCUGUGAAUAUCGAAAAUGUUUCUUCUCUUAAAGAAUUAAAUGCAGAAAAACAACCUGAUAUCAACAUUGAUCCAAGUAUCAAUCAACAGGUACCAAAUGUGGAGUUUAUCCACAAAAAGGUGGGAAAUCGACGUAAGACAUUGCAACUAGAACCAAUUACAGCACCUGAGAACUUAGACGAUGUUUCUUCUCUUAAAGAAUUAGAUGCUAAAAAACAAACAGACAACAAAAUUGAUCCAAGCAGCAAUCGUCAGGUGCCAAAUAAGGAAUUUAAUUCAAAAGAGGCAGGAAAACGACGCAAGACACGACUGAAAUCAGUUGCAGUAUCUGAGAGUACUUUUGAUGAAGACACCAUUCAACAAACGAAUACUGAAGUUAAUCCUGGCAAUCUGGAAGAAAAACUUAACACUGUAUCUAUGCAGCAAGAAUCAGUUGGAUCGCCUGAAAGCGUUGAUGAUGUUCCUUUAGAUAUCCGAGUAAAAAGAGGAAGUCAAGAAAAGGAAAAUUUCCAGGGAGAUAUUUCUACUCACGAAUAUACGACUGACGAUAAUAUUUCGCAGAAUUUAGAGGAAAUACCCUGUACUGAAAAAGGGAUAUUUCAAGAAACCCCUAACGAAGAAAUUGUGGAAAAAGUACAACAAACCAGUGAUGAUACAGAUACAAAUCUUCAACAACCAAAUAUUGAAGUUUCUCCUGAUAACUUAAAGGAUAAUCUUACAGCAGAACCAAUCGGGUCACCAGAGAGUGUCGAUGAUAUUCCUUUAAAUCUUCGCGUAAUGCAAGUGGAGCAUGGACCUGAAGAAAAAAAUCUUUCACAAGAUUCUUUAGCUGAGUUACAUUUAACGUCUAAAAAAGGCUCUAAUGUUUCUAACAAAUUGAAAGAAGCUCUUGCACAGCUAGAAGUGGUUAGUAAAUCCAUUGGAGAAUCACAACAAACAGUUGAUGAAGAAAAUAAUCUUUCCAAAGACGCCAAGUUGCAACCAAUAACUGGCGAAAAGAAAAUUAAAAUAUUAUCUGAUGUAUUAAUUUCCCCAAAAAGGGAAGCUAUAACUUCUUCUGCUAUAAUCCAAACACAAUCGAAGUUAGAUUUCGAUGUAAGUGACGUUAAAAUCGUUAUGGAUAUCAACCAAGACAAGAGUGAGCACCAUAGCAUAAAAGGAAAAGGGAGAACGAGGCGACCAACUAAGAAAAAUGCGGAAAUUCUUCAUGAGAGCGUGAAUAAAGCGUUGAGAAAUGAAGAUAAACCACAAAUACAUUUGGAAGGGGAAGAGAAACACGAAAUCGUUAAUCAAGAAAUUAAAAUAAUAAAAGAUAGACAGAAUAUUAAUAAAAAUAAGAAAACAUCUGCUGCUAUUAGCUUUGAAUGCGUGUCUAGUGAAGAAUCCAAAAAAGUUUCAAGUAAAACCAAAUGUAACAUUCUGAAACCAAAAGAUAUUGAAAGUCAGGAUGCAAACACUAACAAAUCACAUUUGGAAAGAAGUAAAAGACGUAGUUCACUGGAUGAUGUAGUGGUAAAAACAAAAGACAAACAGGUGACAUUCUCAAGUCAAAUUGAGGAGAUCGGAAAGAAAGAUGCAAGUUUAGAUAGAGAGCAAGGAAAAAGAAGUGAAAAGAAAAACCAAGCACUAAAGAAUCGGAAUAAUGAAAAAGAAGAUCAAGCCGCAAGUUUAGAUACAGAAAAAGCGACAGAUUCUCUGAAGAACAAAACGGAAAAAGUAUCUGAUGAUGUGGGUUCAAAUAAAAAGAAACUGAAAUCGACACGCAAUGACAAUAUUCUUGACAAGAAAAUAGAAGUAUUUGAAGAAGUUGAAAUCGAAAGUCAAAUAUCACACGAAAGAAAACCGAGAAGAAUAUCAGUUAUGUAUGAUGACGAAGAGAUAAAUGAUUUAAUUAAGAAGUAUGUAGAAGACACCUCAAUUGUAGAACCCCAACUGAAUAGAACAGCUGUGGAAAAUAAAUGUAAAACUCAUAGACGCAAAUCGGAUAGUAAAACGGCCGUACAAACUCAAAAAUCUGAGGUACAGCCAUCUGUUACCCAACGAAGAGUACGAAAUGACAGGUCAAAAUCUUGUACAGAAUAUGACAUAAGAUCGAAAAAAUCUUCAAAUGAAAAAGCAUCCGAAUCCAAAAGAUCCAAAUCAGUAUCUACGCCUGAAAUUGACAAAAAACUUGCACUUGAUAAGCCGAAGAUGCUACAAGAUAGUAUGCUACCAGCUGGACCAACAACCAAGCUACGAUCAAGGUCUGCUUCUAAAGAUGACAAGGAAAAAAUUACGUCUGAAGAAUCCAAUAAACUUUCACAAUUAACUCAGCUGCCAGCUGAACAUACAACCAAGCGACGAUCAAGAUCUACUUCUAAAGAUAAUAAUGAAAAAAUUACGUCUGAAGAAUCCAGUAAACUUUCACAAUCAAUUAAGGAUCCUGAAAUGCAACCAAACAUUAGAAAAUUAAGAUCAAAAUCUACAUGUAUAACGGAGCCGGAAAAAAUGUUAAGGCAACCUCAAGAAUUAUCUGAGUCCACCUUAAAGAGAUCAGACUCAAAUGAAAGACGACUAAGAUCGAAGUCUACAACUGAACAGUCCAAAAUUGAACAAAAUGUGCCAAAACAACCUAAAAAUAGCCAAGAUGUGAUUACUUCUACAUCAGAAAUUACUGAGCAGUUACCUAAAAGAAGACUACGUUCAAAAACAAUAACCAAUGAAUGCUCGACCGACAAUAAACAGGAUGACACUAAUUCUGAAAAACAGACCGAGUCAUUACUGACAAAUCUGCCUGAAAAGAAGUUAAGUUUGAAGACAACACUGAACACGGAAGUUCGAAAGGAUCUACCAGAAACUAAACAUAUUACAGCAGAUGUUGAUGAGAUCGAAACCAAAAAACAACCCGAUGAUCCAAACCUAACUUUUCAAAAAUCGAACCUGGAAAUUCGUUGUAAAAAGCUGGAAAGACGGCGUAAAACUGAAGUACUGGAACCACAAUCAGUUACAGUACCUGAUCCUGUCAAUGAUAGUGCUUCUCGUGAAGAGUUAGAUGCAAAAACACAAUCAAACGUAACUUUUCAAAAACCAAAUCUGGAAAUUCGUUGUAAAAAGCUGGAAAGACGGCGUAAAACUGAAGUACUCGAACCACAAUCUGUUGCAGUACCUGAUACUGUCGAUGAUAGUGCUUCUCGUGAAAAAUUAGAUGCAAAAACUGAGACAGACGCAAGUUUUCAAAAAUCGAAUUUGGAAAUUCGUUGUAAAAAGCUGGAAAGACGGCGUAAAACUGAAGUACUCGAACCACAAUCUGUUGCAGUACCUGACACUGGCAAUGAUAGUGCUUCUCGUGAAAAGUUAGAUGCAAAAACACAGGCAAACGUAAGUUUUCAAAAACCAAAUCUGGAAAUUCGUUGUAAAAAGCUGGAAAGACGGCGUAAAACUGAAGUACUCGAACCACAAUCUGUUGUAGUACCUGAUACUGUCGAUGAUAGUGCCUCUCGUGAAAAAUUAGAUGCAAAAACUGAGCCAGACGCAAGUUUUCAAAAACCGAAUUUGGAAAUUCGUUGUAAAAAGCUGGAUAGACGGCGUAAAACUGAAGUACUCGAACCACAAUCUUUUGCAGUACCUGACACUGUCAAUGAUAGUGCUUCUCAUGAACAGUUAGAUGCAAAAACACAGGCAAACGUGACUUUUCACCCGCUUUUUACAGCAGAACUUAAGUCACUAACAGGUAAAGAAAAAUUGGAAGCAACUACAUUGUCUGACGAUAAACAGCUUGUAUGUAUUUCCAGACUCAAAGAGACACUCAAAAAAGCACUCGAAGUCAAUAAAGAGACUGUUCCAACUAAAACGACAAAGGUCCUAAAAGAAAACCCCAAAGAGGGCACUUCUUCAGCUUCAAAAGUAGCAGAAGAAUCGGUAAAGAUAAACACACGAUCGCAUGAUUCAAAGUCAAAGACGAAGAAAUCAAAAUAUCACAAAGAACACAAGCCUCUUUCAGAUACCACAGCAACAAAAUCGAAAUUAACCAACGAGGAAGACCAAAAUUUACCAAUACCGAGUGUAUGUCCAAGUGAAAUUGAAAGUUCUGUAACUGUACCAGACGCUUCACAAAAGAUUAGAGAAACGAGGAAGAAUAAACAGGAGCCAAUCAAAGAUGCCAUCAUCGAUAAGAAGAAGACAAAGGAUCCAACUUUUAUAGACAAAGAACUGAGAGUAAUUUUAUACAGAGAUAAUCAUGAAAAUAAAAAGACUUCAACAGAACUACAAGAAAUUUCUGUGAAAUCAAAAGGGAUGGAAGAAAGCAUUGUCAAAACACCUGAUACGAUAUCAGAAUCCAAAGAUUUAGAUAUGAGUAGUGAGAAGGAAGAUACUAAAGUAGCAGAAACUAAAGAAAAAAUAGUAGAUGCUGAAGAAUCUACAAUGAUAGAACACAAAAACAUUCUUUCUUCGUCCAUUUCUGUCGCCGAUGACACGGAGAACUGUAAAUCUGAUGGAUCAAUUGAUCAAACGUCAUCUGAAAGCCAAAGUAAUGUAACACUCAUAAAGGAUCAACUCAACGUAUCAGAAGUAUCUUCUUCUAUAACACACAAUGACACCCAAAAAGAUGUUGAAGCUAAACUCACAGUAGUUGAACAACCGGCACUAGAAAAUCAAAUUAAUAGUGAUAUAAAGUCAAAACAGAAUGAAUAUGAGACAAUAUUAGAAGUAACUUCGUCAGAAUCGAACAAAGAUCAAGAAAAUCGCAUAAAAUCAAUUGAAUCUAACGUUGAACAAACCUCACAAGAUACUGAUGUGCCUGCAGUGAAUAAACCUGAUGUAGUGUCGGAAGUAUCUUCUUCAGAAUUAUACAAUGAGAUCCAAGCAGAACAUACAAAACCUGUUGAAUCUGUGGACCGACUAGUUGAACAAGUGCCAAUAGAAUCUCAAAUAAUUGAACAUACAUCUGAGAUACCAGAAAUUUCGUCUUCAGAAACAUGCAGUGAGAUCCAAGAUAAUCAAUCUAAACCUAUUAAUGAACCAGUUGAAGAAAAUUUGCUUGAAGAUCAAACCAAUACUGAUAUUAAAACCACAGAGAAUAUAUCUGACGGAAUAUCAGAAAUAUCAUGUUCAGAAACAUACAAUAAGAUUCAGAAAGAUGUAGUAAAAUCUACCGAAGUACCAGAUGAACAAACGUCAACUGAAACUGAGAUUAGUGAUAGUGCAAUGGUCACAGAAGACAAGUCUGACGAAAUAUCUUCUUCAAAAACUUCGGAUGAGGUACAAGACAUGAAAAUUAGACCUGCUGAUGUACCAGAUGUAUCUGCUGAUAUAAUAGAUGUAUCUGCAGAUGUACCAGAUGUAUCUACUGAUGUACCAGAUGUAUCUACUGAUGUACCAGAUGUAUCUGCUGAUGUACCAGAUGUAUCUGCUGAUGUAGCAGAUGUACCAGACGACCAAAUAUCAACCGAAAGUCAGAUCAAUGAUAGUAUAAUGGUUCAACUAGAUAAAUCUGUCGAAAUAUCUAAAAUUUUCAAUGAACUACAAGAAGUGAAUGUAAGACUAGCUGAUGUGCCAGAUGACGACGAAAAGUUAACCGAAAAUCUAAUUAAUGCUAGUAUAUUGGCUACUACCGAAGAUAAUUCAAACGAAAUCUCUUCUUCAAAAACUUCCAAUGAGGUACAAGAAGUGAAUAUACUGUCUACUAAUGUAGCAGAUGACCAAAUCUCAAUCAAAAGUAAAAUCACUGAUAGUGUAUUGGUUACAGCAGAUAACUCUGUCGAACUAUCGAAAAUUUCCAAUGAGAUACUAGAGGGAAAAGAACGAUCUGAUUCACCAGUUGAGGUAAUGGCAAAUGUUAACAAGAUUGACGAUAGUAUAAAGCAAUCUGAGAAAAUAUUGGAACCUUUAGAUUAUGUAAAAGAAGAUGCAAUAGCAAUUCAAGAACAACCUAUACCAUUAGAACAGAAAUCUAAAUCAUCUCCAUAUGUUGAAGUUGCAUGUUCAUCAAGAGGCGACUUAAUUAUUUCAGAAAAACCAGAAAUUCUCGUUGCAGACCAGAAUUAUUUGAAACCUGAUAAAAAAUUGAAAUCGAGAAAGUCUGCUUCAAGAAAAAACAAGGUUUCAGAUGGAGUGAUUACUAGCACAACAUCAUCAGGCAAUAAACGUGUAAAACUGGAUAAAAGUGUUGUCAGAACAAAAUCGGUAAAGAAAUCUACUAGUGUUUUAGAUAACAAAACUAAAGACAACAAAGAAGAGAAAGUAGGAUCUGAUGUGCCAGUUGAGCCAAUGGCAAAUGUUAACAAGAUUGACGAUAGUAUAAAGCCAUCUGAGAAAACAUUGGAACCUUUAGAUUAUGUAAAAGAAGAUGCAAUAGCAAUUCAAGAACAAUCUAUAUCAAUAAAACAGAAAUCUAAAUCAUCUCCACAUGUUGAAGUUGCAUGUUCCUCAAGAGGCGACUUAAUUAUUUCAGAAAAACCAGAAAUUCUCAUGGCAGACCACAAAUCUAGAAAGUCUGCUUCAAGAAAAAACAAAGUUUCUGAUGGAGUGAUUACUAGCACAACAACAUCAGCCAAUAAACGGCUAAAACUGGAUAAAAGUGUGAAGAGAAAUCAAGUGAUCUCCAAAAAUGUUGACAGAACAAAGUCAGUAAGAAAAUCUAGUAGUGUUUUGGAUAAAAAACCAAAAGACACAAAAGAAGUGCCAGUAAAUUUGGAACCUAUAUCUCAAAAAGAAAUACAAGAAGAGAAAGUAGGAUCUGAUGUGCUAGUUGAGCCAAUGGAAAAAGUUAACAAGAUUGGAGAAAGUGUAAAGCCAUCUGAGAGGAUAUUGGGAUCUUUCGAUGAUACAAAAGAAGAUCCAGUAGCAAUCCAAGAGCAACCUAUAUCAAUGGGAAAGAAAUUUGAAUCACCUCCAUCAGUUGAUGUUGCAAGUUCAGUAACAGGCGACUUUAUUAUUUCAGAAAAACCACAAAUUCUCUUGGCAGACAAGAAUCAUUCGAAACAUAUCCUAAAAUUGAAAUCAACGAAGUCGGCUUCAAGAAAAAACAAAGUUUCUGAUAGACUGAUUUCUAGCACAACAGAAUCAGACAAUAAACAUCUAAAACUGGAUAAAAGCAUGGAGAGUACAGAAACAGUAAAGAAAUCUAGUAGUCUUUUAGAUAAUAAAACUAAAGAAUCCAAAGAAGUGACAGUAAACAUACGAGUUCUGAAACCGAUAUCUCGAAAAGAGAGAAGAAAGAGUACACCACAAAAAAUUUUGAAGAUUAAGUCAGGAGAUAACUUAACUGAUAUUAUUGCCACUAAUGCUGAGCUAUUAGAAGAUAAAGAUGAAAGAAAGUUGGCAGCUGAGAGUAACUUCAAAGUUGAUACUACUGAUCUGACCACGUUUGGUCAACAACAAGAAAAUUCUGAAGAACGACUGACUACUGAUGUUGCUAAAGAUCAUGAAGAUGUAAAGAUUCAAUUACAAACGCUUGCUUUAAUUGGUAAUGAAAUUCCAGAUGUAGAAUUGAGGUUAAUAAAUAUUGAAGAAAGCAAGCUAUCUACAGCGAUUGUAAGUCAACAAAUGGAGUCUGUUAUAGAAGCUAUCGUGCCUCCAAAGAGCAAAACAGACAAGCUAGCUGCAUGUGAAGUCACCAACAAAGAUUGUCUAGAAUUAAACAUUAGUGAACCAAAUAUCUCAUCUUCGUGUGAACCUAUGAAUGAACGCACAAAUACUGAGCACAAUAGCAAAGAGUAUCUUUCAAAUUUUGAUUUAAUACCAACACAAGAAAAGCUAGUUGUAGAAAAGGUCUCAAUUGAUUAUACAGAACAAGAAGAAGUAAAUACUGAAAAUAAUAGUGGAUUGGUAGUAAGCGAUUUAGAUAUUUCGUCUUCAACGCCGUCAGAUGAAGACAUGAGUAUUAAAUCGAUCAAAACUGCUAGCGAAAAAUGUCCAAAUUUGGAUGAAAUAAAAUCUCAGCCCACAUACUCUUCAAUUCCAGAAGACCCUCAGAUAUUUUCUGUUGUCAAAAAUUUGGAAGAUGACACUGGUAAAACGUUGGAAAAUACAAUCUCUCCUCGAAUAUUCCCAGCAAGUUUACCACAGAUUACACCAGAGAGUAUGGAAGUCACAAGUAAUGAAAAUCAAGACUUUAUAAGUACCAUAUCCAAUAUUCCUAAUAAAGUAGAGAUACAUAGUGAUGAUUACAACACCUUCGAAGAUACUGUUCAACCACCAGCACAUUUUGCUUCAGAUAUAGAUUUCACUUGCAGUAAAACUAGUAAACCUUCAUUAAACAUAGAUACAGACGUGGAUAGUGGCAUAAGUAACAACAAUGCAUCAGUAUCAAAUAUAGAUUCCCGUAAAACACAGGUGGAAACAGAUGUACAACCUUCAGUAACGACACAAGAUGAAAUAAUUCAGAAUACACCUCCUACAGAAGCUGUUGUUACACAAAAUCCAAUGUUAAAUCUUUCAUUACAAAAAGUAGAUAAUGCUCAGUUUUCUAGUGAGUCCCUUGAAACUCCAGAUAUAGAAAAAUUCCUGGACACCGUUCCUUUCUUCAGCAAUUCAGUACAGCAACAAGAACCAACCAGUGUUGCCGGUUUUCAAGAUAAGUUUUUUAGUAACGAAAAGCCAAUGGUUCAGGCAGUAAACCAAGAAAGUAUUACUAGGAUUCAAGACCAAAUAACGCCACCAGAAAUAAAGAAAGAUUCAUUAAUACUUCAUGGCAGAGGCUACCGAACUGAUCAGCUACAGGAAAACAUACAAAAUACAGGUAAUCUAUCAGAAAAUAUUUCUUUACUUUUAGAAAUAUUAGCUUCAGCGGAAAAUCUAGACGCCCUUAAUGGAUCAGAAACCACACCAAAUAAAAAUUGCGAUGUUGUUGCUUACAAUCAAGACCGGUGCCCAGUGAUUCCAGCUUCGGUCGAAAAAUUUAUGAACGAAUUCAAAUAUCCUCAAAGCCCAGUAAAAGUCCUGCAAAAAAGAAAAGUAUUACCAGAGAAAUUCCAGUCACUGUCACAAUCUUUUCCUGCUGGUUAUCCCAAUUAUGAUUCAGAACCUUCAACUAGCACUGGUAUUUAUGCUUCUAGGAGAAAAGUUAAUAAGCCUGUGAUAUCGUUAAUUAACCAGCAGAGCAACUCUUGGGACACUCCAGCUGUUUCUUGUAAUGAAGAGGUUGUGUCAACAGCAUUGACACCUCAUGACUACAGUUCCUUGGAAGAUAUAUCACAAUCUUUAGUUCUAGCUAAUGAUAAUCCUCAAGAAAACCAAAACCAAGCAUUAAUGACGUCUGCAGAACAGGCGAUGUCUUACAGAGACCUAGAUCCCGAAGCUUUCCCAGCUGAUUUCGCAGAUUUUUGUACGAAGAUGUCUGUAACAGAAACAACUUCUUACGUCGUAGAAAAAAGUUGGAUACCAUCACCUUUCAGUUUGCCCAACCAGUUCAACCGUCAGUUCUUUAAUCACUUCAAUUUCGUUCCGAAGUAUAGGGAUCUUCGGUCUCAGCAAAUAUCCAUAUCUCGUACUAUUUCAACCACUAUUACUGACAGUAGUAAUAUGUAUCCCUAUCCAGACAUUAUGCCAACUGGUGACAGAAGAAUAACAACUUCCAAGAAGGAGAUCAAAUUCGAUGCGUUCAAAGUCAAUCGAUUUAACCAAGCUAAUGCAGAUGUCGCUGUAAAUUGUAACGAGCUGACUGCGAGUAAUAAUCUAGCUUUGGAAAAUUAUGUUGCCCAGGGAAAUCAACAGAGUGGAAAUUCGCAAAUGAAAGCUAUAACUGACGGAAAAAACGAUCAUAAUUACUCCUAUUUCGCAGGUGAUCCUGUUAUGAGCAUUGCCGAGGAGGGAGGUGAUAUGUCCCCAAAUGCUAAGGAAUUCGGAAACGUCAUUCUCAACUGCGAAAAUGACAACGAAUUCUUAGACUCAACAGCACCAUUACUGGACCUGGAUCUAUCUGACGAAAAUUCCACCAGACGAGGAACUGAAUCUUUCCCCUCUUGGGACCCUGAGCCCAAAGUCACUGUAGAGAAUAGUGAACAAUAUGACGACGAGACCAAUUCUGUUAUAAUGGAGUUCAUCGUUGACCACUCAAUAGCAGACGCUUGGAAUCAACAAGAAACUGUUGAUAACGAAAUUCAAACUUUUCCUGUGUCGAAUUUGGAUUUAUUUUCCCAGGAAAGCUUAAACCAAGGGGGAGAUACGUUUAAUAAUGCUACUACGCUGCCAGAUGAGAUCUCCACUUCUCAAACCUGUUGUGUAGAACCAUUAGAUGAUGAAGUAAACAUAAACAUCUGUUCAAGUUUAAGCCUUAGUCCUGAUGACGACGAACUACCUCUAAUGAACACCAAUGCUGCCCCUCUUUACCAAAAACCAGAGACUACGAAUAUCGAUUUAUAUUCUUCUUUUGCUGAAUUAAAUCAGGAAACCACACCACCCACAACUUUACUAAAAGUGGACGACGUAGUUCCUGACAAACCCGCAGAUAUACCUAAACCCGAGAGCAAAAAAGACAUACCAAGUAAAGAAGACAUACCAAAUAAAGCAGACAUACCAAAUAAAGAAGACAUACCAAGUAAAACUGACAAUAAAUCUAAGAGAGUGGCACAACAGUUAGCUCUCUACAAAAAACUCAAUGCUAAGAAAACAAAGGAAGUCCACCAGAAUGAUUCCAAACAAAGUAGCUUGGAGAUUCCGAGUAGACAAUCUGUCAGAAUUUCUCCUAGAACGUGGACUAGGCAAUCUGUAUCUCCAAUGUCUGCAAAAGCAAGUCCAAGUUCACUGGAGGGAUCUCCCAAAACAGUGGAACAGUCGCCUACAGAAUCGCCAGUACCUUCUAGUCCUUCUGAACCUGUGAUUCUGAACUUCCAGUUAAAAAGUUUGCUGCAGGCUGCUAUAACGACAGAUAGCUUGAACACUCUAGAAAAAGUGAAAAAUACCAAAGUCAAUGUUACACCUGAAAAAUCAAUAGAAACUCCAUCUGUAAAAGCUACUAUGAAAACUGAGGAAAUCGUACCUGUCAAAACCGUAACAAAAAAACUCGACUCUACUAAAUCUGAUACUGUAAAGAAAGAACACAUUAAAGUUGAUAGUACUAACGUUAAAGCUGACAGUACUAAAGUGAAUAUAAAGGAACCCAGUAAAACUGAUAGCAAAACAGAUAGGAAAAAAGAAUACAGUAAAGUAACGUCCAAAGCAGAAAGAAAGAUUGAGGUAAGUGACAGUGAUACUAGUAAGAUAGACACUAAUAAGAGAACAAGUAGACAUGACACCUCUAAGACAGAAACUGAUCGAAAUGGCCAGUCAGAGAACAGGAAGGAAAUGACCAAAACGGACGUCCAUAAAGUAGAAACCAAAAAGGAAGCAAAUAAAAAAGAUAGCAAAUCAGAUAACAAAAAAGGAGUCGCUCAAGUUGACAACAGUAAAUCAGAAUCCAAUAGAAGUGAUUCGAAUAAGACAGAAAAGAAAAAGGAACAUCAUAAAUCUGAUAUUUCUAAAACAGAAAGCAAGCGGGAACGCAGCACAACUGAUAUUAGUAAAUCCGUAACAAAUAAAACACCAAAUACAGAAGAUAAUAAAGCUGAUAUUGCUAAACAAUCAGCUAGAUCAGAAACUAAAACCAGUUACGAUGAAACUAGAUCGACUAAAUCUUCUCGACCGGAUCGCACUGAUUCUUCAUCACGAAAAAAGUUUGCUGAAGAUCCUACAAGCAACAGUCUUAAACAACAUUCCACGAGUGAGUCAAGCAAGUCGUCCAACAAGGAAGAGAAGAAAUUUAAAGAAUAUCCAAAAAAUCCUAGGACCACGCCCAUUAGUAUUCCGGUAAAAACACCUGCAGAAAAGAAGGUUGAAGUGUUCGUGAAAGAGGAUGUUACUAAGCUACAAUCCAAGUCAACGCCUAAACCUAUUCUGUCAGAAAUGGUACCGGAAGAUUGUCUUCUAUAUGAAAAUUCUGAGGCUAGGUCGAAUUUAUAUGACACUGUAAAAUCAAGAAAAAGAGCAGCGACGAAAAGAGAACCUUCAGUCGAACGUGGCGGUGGUACAAGUCGAUAUUAUCACGAUUUUAGGCCUCGAAAAUCAAAGAGAAAGAGCCCAGAUGAAGACUCAGAUUAUGUCAAACCUCUUGAAAAGAUUCCUCGUCUUGACGAAGAAAGAUCAAGUAGUUCGAGUGAUUUAAAAGUAAAGAUAAGACGCGAUAGCUCAGGUAGACAAUAUACUACAACGCCAAGUCCUCAAAGUAAAGAAGCAGACAGUUCAAGCCGACAGUACACUACAAAUGCUGGCAGUUCUGUUAGUCAAAACUCUCAAAGAUAUAUACAUGACAGUUCAAGUCGACGAUAUGAAGUGAGUGCUGGCAGCUCUGAUGUCCAGAAUUCUCAAAGAUAUGCAAGAGAUAGCACCAGCAGAUCGUAUUCUGGGAACUCCAACAAUCCGGGUUCUCAAAGCACUGGAUCAGACAGUUCCAAUAGGCAAUACACAAGUGAUAGUCCUGCUAGUAACCAGAAUUCUCAAAGAUAUAAACGAGACGGUAUGGGCAGACAGUAUGUUUCUACUUCUGGUAGUUUUAGUAGUCAUGGUUCUAAAUCAAGUAGUUCAAGUAGACAAUAUUCAUCUAGUUCCGGUAGUUCUGGAAGCCAGAGGCCUCAAAGCAGUAGACAGGAAAAUUCUGAUCGGCAACAUGCUUCAUAUCAAAAUUCUGAAAGCCAGAGAUCUCAAAGUAGCAGAUUGGAGAAUUCAGGUAGACAAUAUCCAGCAUACAGUAGCACAUACCAAAACACUCCAACUGAAAAUACGACGGGUUCUAAUAAACCAGCUUCUCAAAGUUCUUUAUCUACUGGAUAUACUGUUGAUGAAAUCUUGAAAUCAAGGGAACCUAGAGAGGGUCCGAAAGAUAAGAUUAGGAGUAAUGGUUAUAAAAGAUCCUCUAAUGGAUUACCCGUUAGCAGUAGUAAAGCUUCGAAGACCAGCGAAGAUGCUUUUGAUCAUUUGGUGGACCAGGGCAAUGUGAAUCCAUUCUUCAACAACCAACCCAAUGAUCCAAAAUACCCAAUCAACAGGAGACUAGAUGAUCAAGGUAGUCCGUGGAGCAAGGGUGAGAGAAUUAGGAGAGAUUCUUCGCAGCGAUAUUCCAGUUCCAGGUCAAGUGCAGAUUUUAGUAGAUCUACUCCUGACAUGAAAUCACCAAGAUGCGGACAAUACCGAGAAAUGCGAAGUCCCAUAUAUCUUGCAAGAAGACCCUCAAACAGUAAAUUCCCAGGUCCCCCAAACGUGUUAUCCGAGAAGUUCCAACGAAUCAAUGACGGUCAAAAAGCUGCUCCUUCCCAGGACACACAUCACUACGCAGGAAACGGCAGUGGCUUGUCAGACGAAAAGAGAAACGAGCUGUUGGAAGAUCUCAGAAACAUGGUCCAGAUGCAACUGAAUAAGAGCAACAAUCGUAACUCGGAUUACGAUUGGUACCAAGGAGUCGAACCUCUUCUAUCUGACAACCCGCCGGGUAAUUACUUAAAUUGUUCUAGAUAAUGUGCACGGUCCUCGGAGAGAAUAAAACUUGUGGAACAUGUGUAUAGCUACAGGAAGGGAAAUGUUUGCAAUCCACGUACUGUGUUCUCAAUUGAGAAAUCGCACUGUAUAUAGGUAUCGAAUGUACAUACACAAUAGCCUCAGAGCGCUUUCGACAAAACUUGUAACCAGCAAUAACGUAAUUAAGGAAUAUUUAAGAAGAAGGUCCUUAAUGAUGAUUUUGGCGCGUUUUCAAGGACACUCUAUAUCGUGAUAAAGAUUCGUUUAAAACGGACUUUGAUUUUAAUAGACUUUGUAUAGUGACUUAGUGUUACAUCUAUUUAUUUUAUGUUUAUUGUGUUAGUGUAAGAUUGAUUGUAAAAAGUUUUAUAAAUUUGUUUAUAAAAAUGUACAUAAUGUUGAUAAAUAAAAUAUUAAUUAAUCUUUA